UAUUAACAAAAAUGGCCGCCGUACAGAGAGUUUUGAUGUUUUCCUUCGGCGUUAUUUGUUAUACCUACAGGGACCUAGCAGUUUGAAGAGCUUCGCUCGCUCGAAACUUGCAAAAUGGAUUCCGAUGACAUUUUUCCACCAGUGGCAAAAGAUGACAGGGAGGAUGAGGAAGAGGAGGAGGAGAGAGACAAAGAGCAAGGUGCGGAACCGGUAGUAGAGGAAGGGGAGGAAUACCUGGAGGAACAGUUGGAACAUUUCCGCAAGGAGUGGAAGAACGAACUCGAGAAGGACAUGUUCGGAAACAACCAACUCAAAACUGGCAACGAUUUUAGCAUUGAGCAGCAGGCAACUGACUUGUUUAUGCAGGGAAUUGAAGCUGAGAAAGAAGGAGCUCUUUAUGAAGCGAUCGCAUUUUACCGAAAAUCCGUGCAGUUGGUUCCCGACAUUGAAUCGAAGAUCGACUUCCUCACUCACAGGAGUCCACGUGAGAGACAAGACAGUGAGACAUCUCUUGAUGGAAGUCAAACGAAAGAUGAGCUUGAGGAUGACCUACUAACCCAUUUCCAAAACCUUCACAUUAACGAGAAUGCCAUCUGUGAAAUGGCUGUGUACCAAAGGAUGCACCAUAUCUCAAUUCUUCCGAUUGAGGUAAUUCUGUACAUAUUUAAGUGGGUCGUUUCUGCCGACCUUGACAUUCAAGCAUUGGAGACGCUGUCGGAGGUGUGUCGUGGAUUCUACCUGUGUGCCAGGGAUGAGAGAAUUUGGAAGCUGUCAUGUCAGAAAAUUUGGGGUGAGAAUGUGUCUGGAGUGAAGAAGUUUGCCGGAUCGUGGAGAAGGAUGUUCAUUGAAAAGCCGCACGUACUGUUAAAUGGGUGUUACAUCAGCCGGACAACGUACGUGCGCCAGGGAGAGCAGAGUUUGGAUUACUUCUACCGCCCGUACCACGUGGUAGAGUACUACCGCUUUGUCAGGUUCUUUCCAGAAGGGUCAAUUCUGAUGUUGUGCAGUCCCGAGGACCCAGGCGCGCUGGUGGCCAAGCUGAGAUCUCCCAACUCGAAAUCAUCCGGCCUGCUGAAAGGUUUCUACAAGAUCACGGGCAGAAAGGUGACCGCUGUUCUGAAACGCGAGAAACAUGUUGAGAAUAACCAGAUGGGUUAUCGCUAUCGGCGACAGAGACCCAACCAGAACGACCAGGCAGAGCAGUUGUUCUCUGUGGAGUUUGACCUGCGGGAUGCUGGAAAGCGUGCACACGCUCAGCUGACGUGGCAGAAGUACUCCAUCAGCACGAUCUGUACGACCUCGGGUCAGGAGACGAUCGCCGACUUCGACAUCAACAAGAAGUCGUUCCCACCACUGAAUUUCUCACGAGUUCGCAGUUACACCAGCUUCUCAACGAAACCGCUUGGCGAUUAGUCUGUUAGUUUACACCACUGAACUUCUCGCGAGUUCAAAGUUACACCAACUUCUCAACGAAACCGCUUGGCGAUUAGUCUGUUAAUUAACACCACUGAACUUCUUGCGAGUUCGCAGUUACACCAGCUUCUCAACAAAACCGCUUGGCGAUUAGUCUGUUUGUUAACACCACUGAACUACUUGCAAGUUCACAUUUACACCAAUUUUUCUACAAAACCUGUUAAACAUUAGUAUGUUGAUUAACACCACUGAACUAUUUAUUUGUUUCACAGUCAUGCCAGUUUUUCUAUCAAAUCUUUCCAUAAUUUGUUGGUUACCAUCUGUGAACUGUUUUCAAGUUUACAGUUACACCAGCUUCUCAACUGAAACUCUAUUAGAUUAGUUUCUUAGUUAAUUACUUAAUACCACUGAACUACUCACUACCAAUAUUUCUACCAAGCCUCUUGAAAAUUAGUCUAUUCUUUGGCACCAUUUAAUUAUUCAAGGGUUCGCAGUUAUACUAUAUUCCCAACCAACUCACUCAUUUCCUGUCAUGCCUAAUGGCACUUAAGGCAGCAAUGAAGUUCCUCCACACCGGUCUACCCCUUGCCAAUCUCUCGAUGGUGCCCCAACUGUAGCCUGUCUCCUUCAUCUCUAUUUCCACUGUUCGGCGCCAUGUUGUUUUCGGACGUCUUCUCUGUUUUUUUCCCUUCAGGGGUCCAGCGCACUAUGCAGUUUACCAACUAAACCUCUCACAAAUUAGUCUGUUGGUUAGCACCACCACACCAGUUUUUCUACCAAAACUCUAUGAUAUUAGUCUGUUGGUUAACACCACCAAACUAGUCUUGGGUUCACAAUUAUAGCAGGCCCUAUGGUUAUAAAACUUUUGAAGCCUAGACUCAAGUUUCUAAUACUGUCUUGAUACUUUAACGUCACAGCAAUUCAUAUUAAUUUGUGUGUUUGACGUCAUUAAAGAUUUGAGUUUCGACUCUGAAAGUUUUAUAAGCAUCGGUUCUGCUUUUGUACCAAAUCUCUUGGCUUAUCAUUCGACAUUUAUAGGAUAUUAAAUGAGCUUCCAUUUCGUAUCAUAUUUAUGUCCCGAGUGAAAUAAUUUUCUAUUGUCACAAGCUUCAACAAGUGACAGUGAAAAUUGUUGCACUAGGGACAUAAACAUGAUACAAAAUGGUGGUGAGUUUAAUAUCCUAUUUGUUACCCAUAAUCAGUCUUAAUUUAUAUCACUCGACUCGUUUGGUUGACGUUCCUGUAAGGUUGUAGUGUGCCAGUGAUACGUCCCACUAGAACGCCAUGUACCAAGAUAUUUUUAACCAUGUGGGUAAUAAUAACAUAGUUCCUGUGUGUUUCUUAUCUAAGAUCUGGUUCUGUGCUUAUACAACUAGACUCAAAGCUUCUAUAGAGAUGUGUCCACACAAGUUUGUUUUGUUUAAAGACACCACUAGAGCACAUUGACUUGUUAAUCAUUGGCUGUUGGAUGUCAAACAUUUGGUAAUUUUGAUAUACCGGGUAUAGUCUUAGAGUAGAAACCUACAUUUGGGUCAAUUAUAUAUUGUUCCACUCAGUUUGGUACACUGGCAACAAGGUUUAGAAGUCAUUUUUAUAAAAUGGAAAUCAAAAGGAAUAUUUGUUUAACAACUCUUCAGCACAUUUCAGACUAUGGCUGUUUGAUGUGUAACAAUGUUAUUGCAACACUUGUUCGAGAGCGAGUGAGGAGACUACACAAGCUCCUCUUCAAGGGAUCUCUUUACAUGUACUUCUCAUAAGACAGCUUUUGAUAUACCAGUGAAAGUGAGUGAGGAAACCGCACAGGCUACACUUGAUGGCAUCUUUUUACUUGUACUUUUCAUAAGACAGCUUUUGAUAUACCAGUGAAAGUGAGUGAGGAAACCGCACAGGCUACACUUGAUGGCAUCUUUUUACUUGUACUUUUCAUAAGACAGCUUUUGAUAUACCAGUGAAAGUGAGUGAGGAAACCGCACAGGCUACACUUGAUGGCAUCUUUUUACUUGUACUUUUCAUAAGACAGCUUUUGAUAUACUAGUCAUGGGGCAAUGGUUGGAAAGAAAGAAAUGUUUUAUUUAACAACGCACUCAACACAUUUUAUUUACGGUUAUAUGGGUCAGACAUAUGGUUAAGGACCACACA